UUUUGAACCAAGUGGGUGGCUCGGCAAUGGAAAGCAAUCAAAUUCAGAAGGAGGACUUUGCUCUGAAGUCUGCAGGUGCCUCGAUUGUGAAAUUCAGCAAAAGUUAUGAUACGGGAGCACGGGUUUGCAUGUUAGGGUUCUGCUGGGAUUAUUCACGGUCACCGGAUGUGAUUCUAGAGCGGGAUAAUGCCCCUGGAAAUUGCUGGGCCAUGCAUGGAUCUCAAGGCUUUGUAGUCAUCAAGUUGUCCCAAGCCAUCUGCCCAGUUGCUGUGACCUUGGAUCAUAUUUCAAAGACAAUUUCUCACACAGAAGAGAUAACCAGUGCUCCAAAGAACUUCUCUGUCUAUGGAUUCAAAGAUGAUUUUGAAAAAGAGGAAGGAAGCUUUUUAGGGUCAUUUGUCUAUAGAAUUGAUGGUUUCCCUAUGCAAACUUUCAAGCUGGAGGGUACACAUUCAGAUAAAGUUAAAUACCUGCUCUUGAAGAUUUUGAGUAACUGGGAUCAUCCAAACUACACAUGCAUCUAUGGAUUUCAUGUGUAUGGAGAACAAAUGUAUUGA